AUGGUCGGCAAGCGAACACUUGCCCCAGACGCGGGCACCAACAGGCACAAGAUGGCCGUGAGGCGACGGAGAAGGCAUCACCUUCUCGGCGGCGGCGACGAAGACAUCGAAAGCCGCCGCCCUUGCGGAUCCGCCGCGCAGGUCCGGCCCCGAGGAGUCCGGCCCCGCCUCUUCCGCUUCCACGAUGCCUCGCCCGCUGCCGCUGCCGCUUCGGCUGACAGCACCGACGACGACGACGACGACGACGGCCGGCGCGAGGAGGAACUCAAGCACGCGCUGCUGCACGGCAUCGACCGCGACGGCCUCGAGCAGUUCCGCAAGACCGACGACGAGCUCGCGGCCAUGGGCAACAAAAAGGUGCGCGCCUUUUACCGCGCGCAAAACGAGCGCCUCAACGACUGGCUCGAGGUCGACGCCGUCGUCAUGGCCCUCGCUGACGACGUGCUCGAGUCGAUGAACCCGGACCCGGACCAUGACGGCGACCAGGAGCGCGUCGGCGCCCUGCAGCGCGUCGAGGGCAACAUCGGUGACCUGCUGCCGGACGAGGAACGGGUCAGGCGGAGGACGGCGGCGCGGCGUGCGGCGUGGGCCAUCAACGUCAACGUCGUCGCAAACGUGCUGCUCCUGACCGGCAAGGGAUUUGCGGCGCUGACGACGGGCUCGCUCUCGCUGAUUGCUUCGCUCGUCGACUCGGGCCCUGAUCUGCUGUGCACUCUCAUCGUCUGGACGACCAACAAGAUUGUCCUGUGGCGGCUCAGCGCCCUCCGCAAGCGCUUUCCCGUCGGCCGGCGGCGCCUCGAGUCGCUCGGCAUCCUCGUCUUCUCCAUCAUCAUGGUCAUCUCCUUUCUGCAGAUCCUGCAGGAGUCCAUCACCCGCCUCAUCCCCCCCCAUAGCGAGGCCGAGAAGCUGGGCCCGGGCGCCAUAUCCGCCCUCGUGGCCACCAUUGUGGUCAAGGGCGCCAUCGGCGUCUUCUGCCGGCCCAUCCGGACGCCGCAGGUGCAGGCGCUGGUGCAGGACUGCAAGACGGACGUCGUCUUCAACUCGCUCUCGCUGCUGUUCCCCUUGGUCGGCUACCACGCCAACGUGUGGUGGCUGGACCCCGUCGGUGCCGGCCUCCUGUCCCUCUUCAUCAUCUACGACUGGGGCCACACAUCGUUUGAGAAUGUGGUCCGCCUGUCGGGCGAGGCCGUCGACAACCACACCUUGCGCAAGCUCGUCUACAUGGCCUACCGCUUCUCGCCCGUCGUCGAGGGCGUCAAGUCCAUCACGGCCUACCACGCGGGUGACGGCGUCUGGGCUGAGUUUGACCUCUUGCUCGACGGCAAGACGAGGCUCAGCCGCUCCCACGACAUUGCCGAGACGCUGCAAUACUGUGCCGAGGGGCUGGCGGGCGUUGACAGGGCCUUUGUGUCGACCGAUUAUGCCGCCGUCGGGCCUACGGGACAUGCUCAAGACACGGAGAGGAAUCACUGA